AUGAGUAAAGCAAUAUGCAAGGGGCUUCGAUCGCCCAUUAGAAGUUUAAUAAACUUGAGAAGGGCCAAGACUAUAUCAACCUCUUUAGUCCACAACGAAACCAUAUUAGUAAAGAAUAAUGAGGAAUUUGUGAAUAAGGUGAUGAACAACGACAAGCCAGUGAUAGUGAAUUUCCACGCAGAGUGGUGUGAGCCAUGUAAGAUCCUUACACCAAAACUGAAGGAACUAAUUGAGCCACUCGACAACCUGGACCUUGCCAUUGUCGAUGUCGAGGACAACGCUGAGCUGGUGCACACUUUUGAGGUGAAGGCGGUACCAGCCGUGAUAGCAGUAAAAAAUGGCCUAAUAGUAGAUAAAUUUAUAGGACUUGUGGAUGCUGAUAUGAUCACAAACCUCAUAGACAGGAUGUCUGGUAAGAAAAAACCAUCA